AUGUCGUCGUCGUCGCCGGUGCCAGCAAGGCCGGAGAAUGUCGCCUCCGCCCCGGCCACGGCGAGCAACACAUUCCACGUGCUUAACUCUGGCGGCGCCGCCGGGGCAUAUGUGCGGCCUCCCCAUGCCGUCGCGUUGCGUUCGCCACAGGUGCGCCCCAUCACCGGCUACGGCUACCCAAUUACCACCGGCUUUGUUGGCCCCGCAAACGCUGCCAUGGUGGCUCGAGCUCCCGGUGGACAACUAGGGGCGCGUAUGGAGAUAGUGCAGCAGCUCAUGCACUUAGCAGGAUGGGGUAACCUCCCGUCACCGCCAUCGCCAUGGCUCCACAACUACGCGGCGUUCAUGACCCCGCGAGGCCAGCCAUUGCUGCUCUCCCCCUCCGCGAGGCCCCCCGGUCCUCCCACCCGAGCGCCGCCGUCGUCGUUCGCCUCCGGGCCACCAGGAGCGAGCGGGAGCAGCGUUGCCGGCCGGGGUACCGUCGUCGCCGUCCACGGCAGUGCUGUCGCCGGCAGGUACGGCCCCAGUCCUGGAGGAAGCGGAGCAGGCCGCCGUAAACCACCGAACCUGAAGCCGCUUCAGAUUACCGAUGCCGCCACGGUCGCCGCCGGAUCAGCCAGCAAGAAAAAGGCGCCGCCGGCAGCAACAGAUGGCGCGGUGCAACGCCUGCCCCCUGUGCUCGCCAUGCCGACCACGGUUGGAGGGGAGGUCCCCGCCGCGGCGAAUGGCCGCGUCAGGAAGCGCGCGCCCAAGGACAAGAACAAGGACAGCAGCAAGCCGGAGUCGUCCAAGAAGCCCAGGCAGAGGGCCGCCAGCAAGCAGCGACAGCGAACGGCUGGAGCCAAGGACACGGUCGCCGCCGCCGACGCGAAAAACAUCGUCGUCGAGAACCAGCCGCCUGCUAGCAACGAUCUUCAGAUCGUCCCUGUUCUGCCGCCGCCAACGCCAACCAACAGAAGAAAGAGGAAGCAGAACGCUGCAUCCUCGCCGAGCAGCGGAGGCAGGUGCAACGUGGUCGCCAGGAGGAGCAGCGCGGUCGCGGCGGCGACGGCCACGGCCACGGCGAAGAGGCACACCAUACUGACAUGGCUGAUCGACGCCGGCUUCCUGUCCGACAAAGAGAAGGUGUUCUACGUUCCGGUCGACGGCGGCGAGGGCAAGGUCGUCUCGGGCGCGGUCACCAGGACGGGAGUCCACUGCGGCUGCUGCAACGUCGUCGUGUCGCUUCCGGCGUUCGAGGCCCACGCCGGCCGCGGCGACCCCGGGCACGGGCAGCAACAGCGGUCGUGGGAGAAGCUCCUGCUCGUGUCCGGUAACUCCCUCCUGAACCGCAUGCAGGAGGCGUGGGAGAAGGAGCGGGUCAAGAUCUUCCUGGUGCAGGAGAAGGCGAGGGCGGCGCUAGAGCAGGAGCAGGAGAAGAGCGCGCAGGCCAAGAGGAGGCUCCUCGCGAAGCAGAAGAAGGGAGCCGUCGAGGGGGUCAUCACGUCUCCCAGAAUCAGAACGAAGCUGAGGUCCGGCGAGAAGGAUUCCAGCGACGACGCCUGCGGCGUCUGCGCCGACGGCGGGGAGCUGCUCUGCUGCGACAGCUGCCCCUCCACCUUCCACCCGGCGUGCCUCGCCAUGAAGGUUCCAGAAGGUUUGUGGGCUUGCCACUACUGCCGAUGCGUGCUGUGCAUGGCUAAUGAUGAUCAGGGCUUGUCCAGAUGCCAACAUUGCACUCUCAAAUAUCAUGAGAUUUGCCGUCCAUCCUUAAGCAAUGGGCGUGGCAACGGUGCAUACUGUAGCGAAACCUGCAAGAAGGUGUCUGCUCAGUUAUCAGACAUGAUAGGCAUAACAAACCAUACGGAAGAUGGUUUCUCAUGGGCUCUACUGAAGAUUCAGAAAGACGAGCCAGUCAGUUCACAGAACAGUCCUGAUGUUCUUGAAUGCAAUGUGAAGCUUGCAGUGGCGCUUGGCGUGCUGAAUGAGUGCUUCAACCCAGUUAAGGAUCGCCGAACUAAGAUCGAUAUGCUCCACCAAGCCGUCUACAGCCUCGGAUCAGAAUUCAAAAGGGUAAGCUACGAAGGAUUCUACACCAUGGUUCUGGAGAAGAAUGGAGAAAUCAUUUCAGCAGCCCUGCUGAGGAUCCAUGGCACAAAGGUCGCGGAGAUGCCAUUCGCAGGCACAUUGCCAGCUUAUCGGAAACAAGGAAUGAUGCGUCGGCUGGUGAACGCUGUCGAGCAGGUGCUGGCGUCAGUGCAAGUGGAGAAGCUGGUGAUACCAGCCAUAGCCGCUCUAGUGGACACCUGGAAAAAGUCCUUCUCCUUCAAAGCGCUAGACCCCGAGCUGAAGGAGGAAAUCAGGAGGCGGAGCCUGGUGGUGAUCACCGGCACCACCCUGCUCCAGAAACCCGUGGUCGCAGCGCCACCGUCUCCGUCGUCGCUACACAAACAAACCGAAGCAGCAGCGGCGAAGAGUGGAGCAGAGCCAUGGUGGUGGAAGUACACGUACGGGGCGCCGCCGCUGACGGACGACGAGCGGGCCUUCCUGGAGACGGACACGGACACGGCGCCACUCGUCUGCAGCUUCACCGACCUAGUCACCGGCAAGGUGUCGUCCCUGCACAAGGCGCUGUGCGCGGGGAACUCGUCGCCGUCGGUGCCCUGCUGCUCCUCCGGGUCUCCCGCGGCAGGUCCAGGGAGCAGCGGGGGGGCGCGCCUGUCGUUCGUGCGGUGAGGUGAGCGCGAUGGGUGCGUACUUUGCUGUGCCGACGUGCGCUUCAGCUCUGGAAAUUUGGAGACGAUGCACACGUAUACAUAUCAUACUCCGGUAUACUGUACUCUGCUAGUGUUGGUGUCAGUGUUGGAAGGAUUGGAGAUGAUAAUGAUACGUAUACGAGAUGGUGAUCCUUGCAUGGUA